AUGUCAUCAUCAACCACAAACAACACCAACAAGAAUAUGAACGACGUUGAUCGUUUAUUCGCAUGCUUCAAGUGCGGUUUAUCACCGCCUCCUUCUGCUUUGAUUGAAAGAAAAAGAAGGAAAAGGAAAUUGGAGAAGGAAAAGUUGAAGAAUGAAUUGGAAUCGGAAUCUCCCAAUCCAGGAUCAAUUGGAGGAGGAGAGAAAACUCCGUUAUCAUGCAUCAAAACCACAAACGUCGAAUCUUCCAUAGAGAAACUUAAAUCAGCAAUAGCUAAAACCAAAAGCUGUAGUAGUAGGAAGCAGAUCUCUCCAGUUGUAUUCUAUGGUUCUCCUCAUGGCGUGCCUCCAAAAAAACCAACCAGUUUAUGGCGAUUAUUGCAUGAGAUACGUGUUGAUCUCUCUCAGCGAAAUAAACAGAACUUAAGGAAGGAAGUUUGGUUUACAUUCCCAAGGCAGGAUGAAGCAGUAAAAUUUGCCAAAGAACAAGAAGAUGUUCAUCUCUUUAGUUACCAAGAUCACUUUAAUGGCCAGAGAAGGUUCCUUGUGUCUACAUAUACAGAAUUCUGGCGAAGGUACAAAAACAUGCCUUCCAAAUUCCGUCAUCAUUAUGAAGUGAUUCAAGAGGGUUUACCUUGCCACCUUUACUUUGAUUUGGAGUUUAAUACAAGAGUCAACAUAGGAAAGAAUGGAGAUGAUAUGGUUGAUCUUUUGAUAUCAGUAGUUUUAGAAGCCUUACAUGAAAAGUAUGAAAUCCAUGGAGAGCGUGAUUGGAUAGUAGAACUUGAUUCUUCAACUGAAGAUAAGUUUUCUCGUCAUCUAAUAUUACGCAUACCAAAGGCUGCAUUUAAGGAUAACUCUCAUGCAGGUGCCUUUGUUUCAGAAGUUUGCUCAAGAAUUCUAAAUGCGAAAGGGGAAGAUAAAAGUUAUGAAAAGUUGUUUGUAGCAAAAGAUGACAAUGAAUCUGCUUGCCAACUUUUUGUGGAUACUGCUGUAUAUACUAGAAAUCGCUGUUUCCGUCUUCAUCUAUCUUCAAAGGCAGGAAAAAGUUCAAUUCUUUUGCCGACUGAGAGAUUUAAGAGCAAGCACUUGAGUGAAGAAGACAUGUUCAUGGCUUCCUUGAUCUGCAACAUGGACGUUGAUUGCGGAAAACUUAUGGUCUGCAAACCAGACUUAGAUUGCGCGAAGACUCUGCAUUUUGAUACAGAGUUGAAUUAUAAUCUUGGAAACUCUGUCCAAAUUCACCCAGAACUUACAUUUAAUACUUGCACAAGUGAAGAUUCAAGAACAUACUUCAUGGGAAAGUCACCAUUCCCAUUUGUGGACGAAUUUAUAUUAUCUGUUGCCUCUGUUGGGAAUAUACCAGGAAAAAUUCAUAGCUGGUAUUUAUUCUCUGAAUUUGGACUGCUGAUCUACAGCAUGACAAAAAAUAGAUACUGCGAGCGAAUUGGCAGACAACAUAAAAGCAAUAAUGUGAUGUUCGUUGUUGACCUAAAAAGGGUAAUGUACUAUCAGAAAUGUUAUGAUCCUGACUGCAGAGGUUUCCGAUCUUCUUCGCGACCAAUUCCAAUUCACUUGUUCUCCAAUCCUUCAGUUGUUGGUUCAUCUGGGAUGUCAAAUGAUAUACAGCCAGUAGAUGAUAAGUGGGGACAUCAGCCUGAUGAUAACAGCAAAUCGAAUUUUCUACAAUAUGAAGACACUGUUGAGGGCAACUCCAGUGAUUCUUGGUGGCUAGAAGCCAUAAAAGUACUUGAGGAUGUGGAAAGUCAGCAAAAUGCAACAGAGUUAAGCCCCAAGCAGGAGUAUGAUGGCGAUGAUGAGUGGUGGCUGGCUGUAGAAAGGACUGCAUCGCAGAUUGAACUGACAUAUAAUUCAACUAAUUCAGAAUGUUAG